AUGGCCAAGCCCUGUUUCUUUGAGGUUGCCGGUGCACCCACACCUCGCUUGGGACUUGGCUUGGCUGCCCUUGGGCGUCCAGGAUACAUCAACCUGGGCCGUGUGGAGGACCUCGGCUCCGCGGACCCUGCGGAGCGCUCGGUGGAGGCCAUGCAGCGCAGGGCCUGGGAGGUCUUGGACGAAGCCUGGCGCCUGGGGCUUCGCUACUUCGAUUGCGCGCGAAGUUACGGCCACAGCGAGGAAUUUCUGGGCGCUUGGUUGAGGCAGAAAGAGCUGCUGAAGGAGGACGUAGCGGUGGGAUCCAAGUGGGGCUAUCGCUACACCGCAGAUUGGCGAGUGGACACAGCUGGCGAGCCUCAUGAAGUGAAAGAUCAUUCACUUGCGCAUUUGGAAAGUCAGGAGAAGGAGACUCAAAGCUUUUUGGGUGAUCACCUUCGGCUGUAUCAGAUUCAUUCUGCAACCCUGGAGAGUGGAGUCCUGGAGAACCAGGAGGUGUUGAACAGGCUAAAGGCCCUGCGCGAAGAGAAGGGCUGGAAGAUUGGACUAAGUCUGUCGGGAGUUGGUCAAUCAAAGGCUUUGGCCAAAGCUUUGCAGACAGGCGUCUUUGACUCAGUCCAAGCAACAUGGAACUUGAUGGAACAGUCAUGCGGGGCAACGUUGAAGGAGGCGCAUGAUGCGGGCUUGGAAGUCAUCAUCAAGGAAGGUAUGGCCAAUGGCAGGAUUCUCCAGCGGCCGGAGCUCUUGGAAGUGGCGGAAAAGAUGAAGGUGGCUCCGGAUGCCUUGGCCUUGGCCGCCAUUAUGGCGCAACCCUUCGAACCCAUGGUGCUCAGUGGUGCGGUCACUUCGCAGCAGCUGCGGAGUAACCUGAGGGCGUUGGAGCUCUGUGAUCAAUUGAAGGAUGGAGAUGUCCUGACAUCUUUGAUGACUCAACUGCAGACAGAUCCAGAUGCUUACUGGAAAGAACGUUCGGGUCUUACGUGGAACUGA